AUGGUGCAGUUUGAAACCACAGGCAAGCCCAGCGCCUUCCUCCAAGACCUGGCCUGUCUAGUGGACUGGGAGCAAUACAAUCUGCAAGGGAUUCAGUGUGCAGACCCACAGCUGCUGGAAGGUGCAGCCUGUCCUGAUGUGAGCUACACCCUGAGCUGUGAAGAGGACAGGGCUGUGCAGCAGACUCUCUGCCUGUUCCUGUUCAUCGAACACAGGGACACUUUCCACUCCCAGCUCCCUGAUCUCAUAGGGAAUCACAACUUGGUUGUGGAGCACUUGGACCAGGUUCUGCGUUCGAGUGCAGAGAUCGUGAGGACAGCCCUUCACUCCCUGCUCCACUCAACCUUGGGGGAGCUUCAGAAAAGACACAAGGACCAGAACAAGAUGAGGAGUGCACUCUGUGCGAUUCGAGACUCUGUUUCCAGUAUUGUAGCGGUUAGCACCAACCAAGAUUUCAGAGCAGCCUGUUUCAGCAGCAUGCAGGUCCAUGACACUCCGGAGCUGGUGGCUUCCGUUCACAGAUCCCUGCUGGAGGCCGCUGAGAACCGCUGCCUGCCCAGCAAGACGUGUGUCAACAGGAAGAGUUUGACAGCUCCUGCGAUAGUUCCUCCAGAACUCAGCCGAGGAAAACUGUCAGAGACAGAGGAUGACAUACUGGAGGACAUGUGUGCUGCUUUCUCAGAUCACAGUGAAGAAGAAGCCUCUGCUGCAGACCCGGUGAGCCCUGGCACUGUGAAGAGGCGAUGGGAACCUGCAGCAGAGGAUGAGCAGCCAGCUCAGUGUAAAGAGAGGAGGACAGCCCUGUACCCUCUGCACCAUUCCCCAGGCCGGCAGUGCCUCUGCCCUGCAGAGCCGGGCAUCUCUGUGAGCAGGGCUACACGGGCACAAGCCAGCCAGUACGGAGGCAAAGAAAACCAGAUCCAACCGUCCCAGGAGGAGAUGCUGUGGCUCCAGGAGGUCUCCAAUCUUUCUGAAUGGAACUAGAAUGAGCCCCUGCAGUGGAGCUCGCUGUUCAUAGGGAGUGUGACUGAGCACAGCAUUCACACCUAGAGAGAUCUGCAGCAACACUGGCAGUCUUGGCUCCAGUGCCACAUUUCCACUGCCUACUGUGUUACAUUUGAAAGCUCAAACCUCUUGCCAAGCAUCAUUCUCCGGGGGACAACGAAGGGCCAUAUUUUCAAAGCGUUUCUGCAAAUCUUUCAUUAACUCCCAUUUUUUUUAAAGAGGUGAACAUCUGUUCAUUUUACAAAACUAGAACUAGACAACUAAGUCAUAUAUUUCAGGUUCUCUUCAGCACUCUCAAGGGGUUUUGUUUUUCAUUUUGUAACAUUUACAUGAUUGUUUUUCCUUUAAAAUAAUAAAGUUAUUUAAAGAAAUGCUUUGAAAAUACGGACAUAAAGGUCAUAUUUAUUUUCAAAAGUUGAAUACUGUUUUUAUAAGAAAUAAACAAAUAUGUAUUAUUGUGCCGAGACUCUGAAUGCGGCAAUAACCAAGAUUUUAAAAACAUUUUCUUUUCUUCUAAUGCAUAACAUCUUUCUCUUAUUGUUUCCCAGACCUCAUUUUCACUUUGACUCCUGUGAAGAAUGUUUAUCCUGCCACAACACUUCAAGUUAACUUCCUGUGUAACACAUAAUACGACCCCCCACCACCCUCACCCCAGUUUCCUAUGAGCAAGUGAUGAGUCUUGUUUCUUGUUACACAGGAGGUAAAGCUGUAGUUUUGUAGCUGAAUAAACUGGUUUCAUCUGAAUCAAAGUGAAAAUGAAACUCUGGAAAACAAGAGUGAUUUACAUCGAAAAUAAAAAUGAGCUUUCUGAGAAUGUUGUGCUAAUGAGAGAUAAGAACAUAUUUUUUUAAAUCCUUUUUUUAUAUACUUUAAGCAUGCAAGUUGUUUGGUUCUUAUUUUGAAAUAUGAAUGUUGAAUUUUCUUCCUUUCAUAAAGAAAUGAAUUUGUCAAAUGUUUCGUCUAUGUCUCUGCCAGUGACAUGCCACAGGUCGUAGAAACAGUUUGAGGUGAUAUGCAAUUUCACUUGCACUUCUCUUUAUAAACUGCAACAAUGACUUCAGCUUCUACUGCAGCGUUAUAAUGAUGUCAAACAUGAUUUAAACAGCUGUACUAUUCUGAAUAUACUUUAUGAGAACAUGCAUGGGUGAGAUGUAAGGUUUAUCAUUUGAAUUGAAUUCUGAUUUGAUAUUUUGCUAUUUCAAUAA